AUGAUUCGCUUAUGUUUGCUGUACAUGUGGGUGAAUCGUGUUCAAACUCAUCGUUGCAUUGAGAUGUCUAGUGAUGACGGAAAAAGAGCCGCAACCUGUGGCACGGGGAAUCGAAGCAGCGCCAGCGCCACCGCCUCCGUCAGCGCCGCCAUGACCAACCUCAGCCGCAUUCGCGUCGUGGUGCUGGGCAGCGCCCGCGUCGGCAAGUCAGGAAAUACCAUUCGAAGUGGGCGUGAUUGA